UGCUUUCUUGCCCAGGCUACCAGGCUGGAGUGCAGUGGCACAAUUUUGGCUCACUGCAAGCUCCGCCUCCUGGGUUCACACCAUUCUCCUGCCUCAGCCUCCCAAGUAGCUGGGACUACAGGCACCCGCCACCACGCCUGGCUAAUUUUUGUAUUUUUAGCAGAGAGGGGGUUUCACCGUGUUAGCCAGGAUGGUCUCGAUCUACUGACCUCGUGAUCCGCCCGCCUCGGCCUCCCAAAGUGCUGGGAUUAUAGGCAUGAGCCACCGCGCCGGGCCCCAGCUUAUCUUUCUAACCCACCAAUCCAAUCAAGGUGCAUCUCUGCUCACACCCCUCCUUUGGUCCAUCCCCACCAAUCCAAUCAAGGUGCAUCUCUGCUCACACCCCUCCUUUGGUCCAUCCCCUCACAGGAUAAAGUCCAAGCUUCCUGGCAGGACCCACAGGGCCAUUCAGAUCUGGGCCCUGUCAACCUCUCCAGCCUCAUUUCCUACCCCUCUUCUGCCUGUAUCUUUCUUUCAGCCACACCAGGGUGCUCACAGGGUUCCCACCUCCAGGACUUUGUCCAUGCUGUACCCUCUGCCUGACACCUUUCCCCUUUCCCCCGCCUCACAGAAUCAGACUUCUCAUCUUACGUCCGCAGCAAUAUCACUUCUUCUUGACCUUCCCAAUUUACCAUUCCCUCCACUUCCUCUAUGACUCUACUAUACUUUUUCAGGGGGCAAUCCACCUUGGACUAAGCGUCUAUGCUGAGCUAGGCCCACACUGGGACAUAGAGUGAUGAGGUUCCUGCCCUUGGGAAACGCCUGUCCCCGUGGAGAGGCAGGCAGACAGUGACAGCACAGGGGGAAAGGCCAAACUUGACAUAGCCUUCCAUGGUACCCUGUGCCACAGGCUGGCUGUCUUGGGGUCAUUGGCUUUAGGACACCAUCUCUUGAUGGGGUCUCCUUGAAGCCAGGGACUAAGUCCAAUUACUCUCUGUGUCCUAACCAGGGUGGGGCCCAGAGAAGGUGCAUAGCAAAAAUGUGCUGAAGUAGAUGAACUUGGGAUCUGAAUGUUUCAAAUAGGCCUUGGUAACCCCAAAUCUUGCCAUUUAAGACAAUGAUCUCUUACAUUACAGCACAGUGAUAACACUCUUUUACAUGCUGUGAUUUCACUUUAUCCUCAAAUACUCAAGUGAAGUCAGCAAAACAGAAACUGUCACCUCCAUUUCAUAAUGCAGAAGCAGAAACCUAGACAAGAUAGCGAUACUGACUUGCCCAAGGUGAGUGGGUGGGCCAUGAGUUCCAGCCCAGGCCUCCUCCACAGCAGACCCUUCUGGAGCAGGCACAAGCCACAGACUGACCUAGGAUCUUCCAGGCCAGCAGGAGUCUUGCCUCCAAGAGCACCCUCUCUGAGGAGAGGAUGCCAGGAUUUACUGGCACCUUCAGUAUCCUCCUGGCUUCACUCCUCUUUGCCCAAAAAUAAACCACACCUGUUUCUACCUCCCAGCCUUUGCACAUACCAGUCCCCGUGUCUCCCCCCAUCCCCCACAUGUGGCAUGCCACUAGCCUACCCUCAGUUUCCUAAAAGGCACUAAGAUCUUUCCAGCCUCAUGGCCUCACCACAUGCUGGGAGCUCUGCCUGGAAUGCUUUUCUUUCUACUCUUGGCCAAUUCGGGCCUUGGGGCCCAGGGACAUGGUUGAGAGAUUUACCCCUGUGGCCUUGAGAGGGCUGAACAAAUGGAAGCAUCUCUAGGUUGCACCAGAGGCAUCUAUUACCUGCUGCCCUGUGCCUGUAACUUCUGUCAUUCUCCUCUCCCCGUGAGAACAUGAUAAAGACCACAAAGGCAGGGAAUUCCUCUCCUCUUAUGCUGUGACCCCACAGCUAGCUCGCUCCAGCUAUGCCUAAGAAAUCUGUCUUAUCACUGACAUGCUUGUUGUCCCCACUCGUUCCGAGCCUCCCAUCCAACAAGUCGCUCCACCACAUGCUGGUGGAUCUCGCUUCCUAUGCUCUUCCCUAGAUCAGGCCUUCCCUCCAUUCCCUCUACCACUGCCAUGCCUUGAGGCUCAUCCUCUCUCACAUGGAUCCCCCGCCCCCACAGCCUCCCCACUGCCCUCCUGACCUACAGCCUCUCCUGUCCAUUUCCCAUACCAUGGCUAAGGACACUUAAAAUCCACCUGACCAGUCAUUGCCCUACUAAAGCUCUCCCAAGACCCGGCUCCCCCCCAAUAUCUCAAGAGUGGCACUCCCAAGCUUCUCUCAGUUCAAGCACCCGUGCCUCUCACUUCAGCCUCAUUUUCCACAGUUGCCUGGGCUCCAGCCACUCCAGGGCCCCCAGCCCUGCCCCAAACAUGCUGGCUUUUCUAACACUUUAUGCCUAUCUUUCUGCUUUGCCCUCACACCCUCCAUCUGCAAAAUUCCUAUUCAUUAAGGGGCAAACCAUUCUGGAAUGCUUUCUAUGUGCCAGACACUACCUAGGCUCUUUUUGUACCUUAUCUCAUUUACUUCUCAAAGUACCUCACAAAAAUAAUAAUUAUUAUUCCCAUUUUACAGAUAUGGAAACUGAGGCUCAAGAGAGGCAGGGCAAGAACUGGACUCCUAGUCUAUCUGAUUCCAAACCUGCUGUGCACCAACCUCUCUGGGAAGUGCACCAGCGCCCCCACUCCCCCAGCCCAGGGCAGAGUCUUCUCUACUCUGUGGUUCCAUAGCCCCCUGGUUUCUCGCUUGUCCUGGCCGUUGUCACCAGUGACUGUGUGCGGCUGUCUCUGCUGCCCCCCAGCGUGAGCAUCCCAAGGGCAGAACCUGGGCUGAUCUGGCUGGGUCCCCAGCACCCAGUAGGGUAUAGGUGCUCUGUGAGGUUUUUUAAUAAAGAGAUGGAAAGCCAGAAGCAGUUUGGGUGGUUGAGAUACCCAGCCCUAACCUAACUAAUCCUGAUACCAGUGAUCAAAAGCGGGACCUUCGCAUCUUUGCUGCCAAAAAACAGCCCCGCCUAAAGAGUAAAGGCCCGACCCUCUGCACGCCCUCUGCCUGCACUGCACGUGCUUGGUUUUCCCCGCCCGGGUACUGGCCGCCGGGCCGUACCAAUCUCCGCGGGGGAGCGCCCGGGGUCGGACUGAGGGAGCGAGGAGAAUAACCGAGAGCGCCCCUUGGAAGCAGGGCUCAGAGCUGCUCUCCUCUCACGCACUCCCCGGAUCCGCGCGGAGCAAGCUGCUGGCCAGCCCCGGGCCCGCGCCGAGCAGAGCCUCAGGUGCGGUUCCCCCACAAGCAAGUGGCGCAGGCGGCGGCUUGGAACGGCCCGCCCCGCCCGCCGCGUCGGCGCCUGCCCCGUUGUGAGGUGAUAAAGUGCUGCGCUCUGGGACGCUAGCGCCGCGGCUGCCGGCUCUGCUGGGGUCUAGGCUGUUCCUCUCGCGCCACCACUGGCCGCCGGCCGCAGCUCCAGGUGUCCUAGCCGCCCAGCCUCGACGCCGUCUCGGGACCCCUGUGCUCUGCGCGAAGCCCUGGCCCCGGGGGCCGGGGCAUGGGCCAGGGGCGCGGGGUGAAGCGGCUUCCCGCGGGGCCGUGACUGGGCAGGCUUCAGCCAUGAAGACCCUCAUAGCCGCCUACUCCGGGGUACUGCGCGGCGAGCGUCAGGCCGAGGCUGACCGGAGCCAGCGCUCUCACGGAGGACCUGCGCUGUCGCGCGAGGGGUCUGGGAGAUGGGGCGCUGGAUCCAGCAUCCUCUCCGCCCUCCAGGACCUCUUCUCUGUCACCUGGCUCAAUAGGUCCAAGGUGGAAAAGCAGCUACAGGUCAUCUCAGUGCUCCAGUGGGUCCUGUCCUUCCUUGUACUGGGAGUGGCCUGCAGUGCCAUCCUCAUGUACAUAUUCUGCACCGAUUGCUGGCUCAUCGCUGUGCUCUACUUCACUUGGCUGGUGUUUGACUGGAACACACCCAAGAAAGGUGGCAGGAGGUCACAGUGGGUCCGAAACUGGGCUGUGUGGCGCUACUUUCGAGACUACUUUCCCAUCCAGCUGGUGAAGACACACAACCUGCUGACCACCAGGAACUAUAUCUUUGGAUACCACCCCCAUGGUAUCAUGGGCCUGGGUGCCUUCUGCAACUUCAGCACAGAGGCCACAGAAGUGAGCAAGAAGUUCCCAGGCAUACGGCCUUACCUGGCUACACUGGCAGGCAACUUCCGAAUGCCUGUGUUGAGGGAGUACCUGAUGUCUGGAGGUAUCUGCCCUGUCAGCCGGGACACCAUAGACUAUUUGCUUUCAAAGAAUGGGAGUGGCAAUGCUAUCAUCAUCGUGGUGGGGGGUGCGGCUGAGUCUCUGAGCUCCAUGCCUGGCAAGAAUGCAGUCACCCUGCGGAAUCGCAAGGGCUUUGUGAAACUGGCCCUGCGUCAUGGAGCCGACCUGGUUCCCAUCUAUUCCUUUGGAGAGAAUGAAGUAUACAAGCAGGUGAUCUUCGAGGAGGGCUCCUGGGGCCGAUGGGUCCAGAAGAAGUUCCAGAAAUACAUUGGUUUCGCCCCAUGCAUCUUCCAUGGUCGAGGCCUCUUCUCCUCCGACACCUGGGGGCUGGUGCCCUACUCCAAACCCAUCACAACUGUUGUGGGAGAGCCCAUCACCAUCCCCAAGCUGGAGCACCCAACCCAGCAAGACAUUGACCUGUACCACACCAUGUACAUGGAGGCCCUGGUGAAGCUCUUCGACAAGCACAAGACCAAGUUCGGCCUCCUGGAGACUGAGGUCCUGGAGGUGAACUGAGCCAGCCUUCGGGGCCAACUCCCUGGAGGAACCAGCUGCAAAUCACUUUUUUGCUCUGUAAAUUUGGAAGCGUCAUGGGUGUCUGUGGGUUAUUUAAAAGAAAUUAUAAUAAUUUUGCUAAACCAUUGUAAUGUUAGGUCUUUUUUAAGAAGGAAAAAGUCAGUAUUUCAAGUUCUUUCACUUCCAGCUUGCCCUGUUCUAGGUGGUGGCUAAAUCUGGGCCUAAUCUGGGUGGCUCAGCUAACCUCUCUUCUUCCCUUCCUGAAGUGACAGAGGAAACUCAGUCUUGGCUCACUGGGGAAGAAGGAUUGCCAUUAGUGACUUGGACCAGUUAGAUGAUUCACUUUUUGCCCCUAGGGAUGAGAGGCGAAAGCCACUUCUCAUACAAGCCCCUCUGUUGCCACUACCCCACACUCGUCUAGUCGUGAAACUGCAGGACCAGUUUAUCUGCCAAGGGGAGGAGUUGGAGAGCACAGUUGCCCCGUUGUGUGAGGGCAGUAGUAGGCAUCUGGAAUGCUCCAGUUUGAUCUCCCUUCUGCCACCCCCACCUCACCCCUAGUCACUCACAUCGGAGCCUGGACUGGCCUCCAGGAUGAGGAUGGGGGUGGCAAUGACACCCUGCAGGGGAAAGGACUGCCCCCCAUGCACCAUUGCAGGGAGGAUGCUGCCACCAUGAGCUAGGUGGAGUAACUGGUUUUUCUUGGGUGGCUGAUGACAUGGAUGCAGCACAGACUCAGCCUCGGCCUUGAGCACAUGCUUACUGGUGGCCUCAGUUUACCUUCCCCAGAUCCCAGAUUCUGGAUGUGAGGAAGAGGUCCCUCUUCAGAAGGGGCCUGGCCUUCUGAGCAGCAGAUUAGUUCCAAAGCAGGUGGCCCCCGAACCCAAGCCUCACUUUUCUGUGCCUUCCUGAGGGAGUUGGGCUGGGGAGGAAACCCAGCCCUCUCCUGUGUGUUCUGUUAUCUCUUGAUGAGAUCAUUGCACCAUGUCAGACUUUUGUAUAUACCUAGAAAAUAAAUGGAAGUGAGAAUCCUC